CUCUCAAAAUGUCUGGUCGUGGAAAGCAAGGAGGCAAAGCUCGGGCUAAAGCUAAGACCCGCUCUUCUCGGGCCGGUUUGCAGUUCCCGGUGGGUCGAGUGCACCGCCUGCUCCGCAAGGGCAACUACUCGGAGCGCGUCGGAGCCGGCGCCCCCGUGUACCUGGCGGCGGUGUUGGAGUACCUGACGGCUGAGAUCCUGGAGCUGGCGGGUAACGCGGCCCGCGACAACAAGAAGACCCGCAUCAUCCCGCGUCACCUGCAACUGGCCAUCCGCAACGACGAGGAGCUCAACAAGCUGUUAGGUCGUGUAACUAUCGCGCAGGGUGGUGUCCUGCCCAACAUCCAAGCCGUAUUGCUCCCCAAGAAGACUGAGAGCCACCACAAAGCUAAGGGCAAGUAAGCCACUUAGCUGUUCCUGUGGUUUCGGAAACCAAAGGCUCUUUUAAGAGCCACCCACUUUUUUAUAAAAGUGCUGGAAUGCUAAUAGCCUUGAGUUUCAGCUUAGUGAGAAUUUACCUAGUUACAGUUAACAUUUAGGUGGAAGGAUGUCUUCCUUGUACUUAUUAGGCCUUAUGACAAUACGGCAUGUGUCAAUUUCUGGGGUUCUUGUUACUUGAUGAAGGCGUUUGGUGAGACCUGAGAGAGUGCAAGGUUCUUUCCUACUACCGACACCUGAGGCGAAAACGGCUCCACCUUAAAGUCAG